AUGUGGUUUCUCCCUCACGAGCAGCCUCGGCGCGCGCCGCCCACAACACUCUAUGCGUUCGGCUCUAAUGGCUCCGGGCAGCUGGGCCUAGGUCACACUGAGGACGAAUCAGAGCCUCAGCCUGUCGCGGACACUCAUCGUUUUCGAGACCAGCAGCCCACGUGGAUGGCGGCUGGAGGGAAUCACACCGUAAUAAUAACAGCUGACUGCGAGAUAUUUGCAGCUGGCGAUAACUCAAAUGGGCGCAUUCCAUGGCAGAACCUGUCCGCUGGAGUCUCCAGAUUCACCGACAGCUUGGUACCGAGACUGCCUACGCCGCCAUCCAUCAAGCUCUGUGCAGCUACCUGGGAGGCAUCCACUCUCGUAUCCGAAGACCGUGUCAUGACCUGCGGCACGGGCAGUCAUGGAGAGUUGGGUCAAGGCGAAAAUGUCAGAGAUUCGCCUUGGCCUCAGAAGCUGCCCAAGUUCCCUCCAUCCGGAACUCGUGUAGUUGAUAUUGCCGCGUGCAUGAGCCACACGGUGGCUAUACUCGACAAUGGGGAAGUGUACGGGUGGGGUAAUGGACGCAAAGGGCAGCUGGGCGAGCCUGCAGCAAUUGUCUGGUCACCACGGAAAAUCGAAGGCAUACCCUUCCAUGCAUUCCGCGUUACCUGUGGGCGCGAAUUCACCUACAUCGCUGGGAACCCUCGCGAGGGCACACACCUUGUUCUCGGCUCAGACAAAUUCUUCGUGAAGUCAACAGCGCCCAAGGAAAUAGCUGAUUAUGUUGACAUCGGAUCUGGCUGGAGCAGCAUUUACGUUUUGCUCAGAUCCGGCAAAAUUGUGGCAUGGGGGAGGAAUGAUCACGGCCAAUUGCCUCCGAAAGACCUUCCUCCAGUCGAGUUUAUGACAAUAGGCAGCGAACACGUGCUCGCGAAAAUCAAGGAUGGUAACGUGGUGGCAUGGGGCUGGGGCGAACAUGGGAACUGUGGGAAGCCGACCAAUGCGGCUGGCGACGUAGUCGACACAUGGAAUGAGAUUCCUGUGAAGGGCGAAGUCAAGAUGAUCACGGCUGGGUGCGCCACCAGCUUCAUUCUUGCGCACGAAGAACCUGCCCAGCCAGCGUAA